UGCCGCCCGACCGACCGCCGCCUCCGCCUCCGCCCGCCACCCCAGCCUCCCUACCUCAUGGCCUCCGCCGCCGCAUCCGCCGUCUCCUUCGCGAGGCCCGUCCAGGCAAUCAAUGUCAAGUCAGUCUCCUUCUCUGCUCCGAGGAAGGAUAAUGUAGCCUUCCGUAUGCAGUCAGCUCCGCUGAGAUCUGUUUAUUGCUUGGCCAAAAAGGAGACAGUAGACAAGGUCUGUGAAAUCGUGAAGAGCCAGCUCGCGCUUCAACCAGGCACUGAAGUUUGUGGCUCCUCUAAGUUUACUGAUCUUGGUGCCGAUUCUUUGGAUACGGUUGAGAUUGUUAUGGGCCUUGAGGAGGCUUUCGGGAUCACCGUGGAGGAGUCAAGUGCACAGGCAAUCGCAACGGUGGAAGAUGCUGCCGACCUCAUCGACAGCCUUGUUGUCGCCUAGUAAACAUAAAUUCAUGGCAAUAAUACGCCAGGAGCUUAAAAUGACGCUGCCCAUUCCAUGUGCUAGAUCUGAGUUGGUGAAAUCUGUAUCACUAUUUUUGCCCGCAUUGUGCUACUAUAACAUUUAAGCUAUUGUGGAAGUAAUUUUUUUUGUCAAA